GUCGCUCAAAACAACAGAUCAGUUUUCAUAUCGCCACAGAAAAUGAACCUGUGAAUGGCUUACUUAUAGUUCUGCAAAUGAAGCUGGGAUAGAAGCAUUUUAACACAGAAAAAGAGAACUGAAUAGUUUGCACGGACAUCACAUGGACUAUGUUCGAAGUAGCAUACUGCACUUCAUGAGUAGUACAUGAAGUAGUACGGAAGUUUAGAAUCGCUCGUGAUCAUGUGACUGUCAGCGGUCAUGUGACAGUGAGUGUGUGUGAAGAUGGCAGAGAGACACGAGCAUCAGAGUCUCCUCAAUGAAGAUGAUGAAGAUGAAGAUCAUUAUCAGAACUCAAUGAAUCCGGUGUGUGAUCCGAAUCAUCUGCUGCACCGGAUAGUCGUUCUCAUCUUCAUGUGUUUUCUGGGUUUCGGAAGUUAUUUCUGUUAUGAUAAUCCAGCUGCUCUUCAAACUCAAGUCAUACAGGAUAUGAAUCUUAACACAGCGUCGUUCAUGCAGCUGUACGCAUGGUACUCGUGGCCCAAUGUUGUUCUGUGUUUUCUGGGCGGUUUUCUUUUGGACCGGGUGUUUGGCAUCAGGUUGGGGACAAUAAUCUUUGCACUGUUUGUGUUAUUAGGACAGAUAAUAUUUGCUGCUGGCGCUCUGGCUAAUCAUUUCUGGCUGAUGGAAGUGGGGCGUUUUGUGUUCGGUAUUGGCGGUGAGUCGCUGGCUGUCGCUCAGAACACAUAUGCUGUGAACUGGUUUAAAGGAAAAGAACUGAACCUCGUGUUUGGUCUACAGCUCAGCAUGGCCAGACUGGGCAGUACAGUGAACAUGAACAUCAUCGGUUGGGUGUACGGCCGCAUUCAGACUAUGACAGGCUCUGCUGGACACACAACACUGGGAAUAACACUCAUGAUCUCGGCAUGCACUUGUCUCUUCUCUCUCAUCUGUGCUCUGGUUCUGGGGUUUCUGGACAGACGGGCCGAGAGGAUACUGAACAAAGAGCAGGGCAAGACCGGUGAAGUGAUCAAGCUGACUGAUGUGAAGGAUUUUCCCAUCUCUCUGUGGCUCAUCUUCAUCAUCUGUGUGGGAUAUUACGUGGCCAUAUUCCCAUUUAUCGGACUGGGACAAGUUUUCUUCAUAGAGAAGUUCACUUUCACUCCUGUCCAGGCCAGAGCUAUCAACAGUAUCGUGUACAUCAUCUCGGCUCCUGCAUCACCUCUGUUGGGGUUUCUGGUCGAUAAGACGGGCAGGAACGUCAUGUGGGUUCUACUGGCUGUCGUUACCACGCUCAUCUCUCACAUGAUGCUGGCAUUUACCCUCUGGAACCCCUGGAUCGCCAUGUCUAUCUUAGGUCUAUCGUACUCUCUGUUGGCUUGUGCUCUCUGGCCGAUGGUGGCAUUUGUUGUAGCAGAACAUCAGUUGGGAACUGCAUACGGUUUUAUGCAGUCCAUACAAAACUUGGGUCUGGCCCUUAUCUCCAUGGCAGCAGGAGCAAUCUUAGACAGCAAAGGUUACCUGUUCCUGGAGGUGUUCUUCAUUGCCUGUGUUUGUUUGGCUCUGAUCGCUGUGGUGUUGCUAUAUCUCUAUGAUUAUAUCAAAGAGGGGGAGCUGAACCUGUCUGCGUCAACACGAGCCAAACGCGCCAAAGCUUUAUCUGAGUCUUCUGAGUGAAGGUGCCUCUGACCUCUGAGCACCUGUCCUGCAUCUGUCCUUUACCACGGGUGUUUCUGCACUAAACACUCUUCUGUCACUCGUCACUGAGCACUUCAGAUGAGCACAUCUCUCGGUCACUUCUCUUAACUCAUCAUGAGACUGUAGGAGUCUGAUAUAAUAACAGACAGAAGAUCAGGAGGCGUUUGGCCUUGAACAGCACUUAUGUGAAUAUGAUUGAACGCGUUGAGGUGAAUCUUACGAAACCUGCAUUCAUAAUGAUCCCAAAAUCAAAAGAAAAAUUCAAAGUGAUAUUUUGCUUAAAUGAAGCCUUCUUUAGUCCCAUUAACAUUUCAACAUGAAGACUGACAUUAUUUUCAUGACACGUAGGCACAUUUAACCCCCAAAUUUUCAUUACCGUAAUGUAAAAAAUAAUGAUAUAUUAUUUAAAUACGUGUUUAAGUAUGCAUCAAGUCAGUAUUUGUUGUACUGGAUUUAGUUUAUGCUGAUUUUAAUAAAAAAAUGUCAUUGUGUCUAGACAGAAUGGUUUUAGGAAUCAGAUUUUUAAAUCACAGAAAUGAGUUUUUUUGUUGUUGUUUUUUUGUGGCCAAAUAUGACCUGGACAUGUUUACUUGUUUUUUACUUGUUGACUCAGGGAAACAUGAGUUAGUUUAUUAAAUCAUCAGGAUUGGUGAUAAGGAGAAAUAUCUAUUUGCAUUAGAGUCCAUGAGGAUUUAUCAGUGAACAAGAGAUGUGAUUAUUUCAGGCCAAAAGUACUUUUAACAAACAAUGCUACUUCUAAAAACACCUCUGGCUUUUUUGGAGCCACAGAAAGUAGGACUUUUAUUUGUGGCCUUUUUUGAAAGCACUUGUAAGACUCUGUCUCAACCAGUACUGUUCAUGUUAAUAAUGUUUGUGAACUCUCUGAUAAACUGUCAUUGUUCUUGUUUGGUAAGUGCAUCGUCUUCUCACAAGUUUUAUAACCCUUAAGAGUUCGAGGGAGAUUUAUAGUUCAGGUUCGACUGACAGAUGUUAAUGGAUUUAAAAUUUCACUAAAUUCUGAAUUCUCAACAUAACUCCGAAGCACAUGUUUUAGCUUUAACUUUUAUUUCUUUGUUUUUUUAAUUGAUUAAAUGUUUUGAACAGUGA